AUGGGUAGGCGGUUCCAGUGGAGGACCAAACUGAAACAGAAGAGCUUGGAGGAAGAGGCGUCGGAGGAGCCGGAGAAAUCAGUCGUUUCCUUUUCUAGAUUCUCGUCGUGUCCGUACCAGGAGGAGUCGAAGAGGUGGAGUUCUUCUUCAGCAGCGGAGACUGCCGUGUCCCGCAUCCGGUCCCUCGUAAUGGCGGGCAUCGAUUCUCUACGCCACGACAACACUGCCGGCCUCGUGAUCGGGACGCUCUACAGUCACUGCCGUGCCCACGUCCGCUUUGCCUUCCAAACGGAUGUCACGGCGGACCGCCCAGCGGUGCUCGUGGAGCUGGCCAUGCCCACCUACUCGCAGGUGCGCGAGAUGGUGUCUGGGCUCGGGCGGAUCGCUCUCGAGUGCGAGCAUGAGCCUCCCAUCGUCGGGAAGCCGGUCAGGGCUUUGACGGAGGAGCCAAUCUGGAAGGUUUAUGAUCCUAUCCGGAAGUUGAGUCAGACAAAGGCCGCCGAAGGUGGCAUCGGCAUUGACGGAGCGAUGACUUUGGCACACCCUAUAUGUGUGUGUUGA